UACAUUAAACUUCUCUGGUAUCCAAAGCUUAAUCACCGGUUCUAUUAAGAGAGAUGUCCAUAACACAUGCCUUUUAUGGAUUCAGAAGAUUAACCUUUUUAUUAGUUCAUUAUAUAUAUGGAAAGAAAGAUAUUCUCAAUGAUUUAAGAGCAUAAAGAUAAUAUAUUUCUUUCAUUUAGUGUAAGAUAAGAUAAGAUUUGAUGCUUAGGGUUUGUAACCUUGAGCCGUUACAUAACAGAUUCUAUAAAGUAAAAGCCGAGAAAGUUACUCUCUCUCUCAUUCUCUUUUGUUUGUCUUUGAAAGCAUCUGCAAAAAUGAACAAUGGUAGCUCCCCAAAAUCUCAGGAUAAAUCACAGAAGAUGAAGAAAUCGAAGAAACUCAAUGAGGACUCUGAUAAGGAGACCGUGGAAAGCAAGCAAGUUCCAGAGAAUGAGAAUCCGAAAACAGAUGCCAAAGAAGAAGAAGGAUCUCAGGAAGCUUCAGACAAGAAAGACAAAAAGGAGAAAGUUCCAGAGAAUGAGAAUCCUAAGACAGAAGCCGAAGAAGAUAAAGGAUCUCAGGAAGCUUCAGACAAGAAGGAUAAGAAGGAGAAGGGCGUCGGUCGCUGCAAAAAAUGCAAAGCUAAAGCAAAGAUGAUGAAGAAGAAACUCAAAGAGGAGGCUGAUGGAGAGGAUGAGAAACAAAAACAGAACACAGAGAAGGGGGAUCCGAAAACAGAUACCAACGAGGAAAAAGGAACUUCAGAUGUGAAAGAUAAAAAGGAGUCGAGCAUCAUAACAUGGCGACACAAGAGUACAAAGAAAGACAAGAGUCAUGGCAAAAACUUGUGCAGCGUCAACCCUCCCUAUCAAACCGCUAGGUCUAUGUACCACGGUCCACCCAACCUUUCAAACCCGUGGAACAUGUACGCACCACCGAGAGUUUUGUAUCCAGCAUUUGCAAAGGGGCCAAUGUAUGGACAAUGUGCUGGUGGUGGUGGUGGUCCGUUUCAACCAUACCAAACCAUGAAUCCAGCAGCUGCAAUGUACAGAGGUGCUAUAAUGUCACCAUAUCCUCCUAUGGCAGCUAUGUAUCCUCCCUAUUGGCAAAGCAGACCGUUAACAGAUGCUAAUCCUAUCACACGUUACACUACCUACCGAGACAACUACACUACCCACCGAAACAACUACUCUUACUUCUUUAUCUAAGUUUCCUCUUUAAUCAUUUUUCCUCUGUUCUGCUUUUUUAUCUAACAGAAGAAAAAACUAAAGGCAUUUCUUUGUAGGCUCUAAAUGUAUUUUUCUUCAAAGAGAUAAAAAGAGAAAACAGAAUAUCCUUUGAUAAAGAGAGAUUGGAACUAGAUUCAUUCAACAUCAAAGCCAUUACAUGAAAAAGAAAAAGAAAAAAAGUUUCGAGUCUAGUUGAUCAACAGAUUAAA